UGACGGGACCACGAUAGGCGCCAUCUCAGUAUUCUUUCCAUCAUGCAAAAUGCUAAACAUUUUUAAGAAUCUAUUUUUGCAUUCGAAUAAUGACAUUGAGGCAGCAUUAAAUCAAGUAUGGCCCAAACGAGAUUCUGUUGUAGAACUAAGUGCAUUUGGGAAAGAAUUACUGCAAAAAUGUGCAACGGUGCCUAUGCCUGAAGCGAGCGAAAUUCGCAUCGAAAAUUUCAUAAAGGCAUCGUCAGAGUUUCCACUGAAGUUCGGCACGGAUACAUGCCGAGUGAUGAGUCAGCCUAAGGAACGUUAUACAGAGAUUGCUAAACAAAUCGCGUCUGCCUAUCCGGUAAUUCACGAACGUGUGUUGGGAUUGUAUCUGGCAUUCUUGGAGCACAAAUGCAAAUAUGGUACCAAUAUUGAACGCGCUUUAUAUGAUGGCAUGAAGUUAACAGCUUUGGUACAACGAUUGCUGGAGAAGCGCUGUGUCUCGUUUGUGGGUCCCUUGGACCAUUAUUUGUUAAUUAAUGGUAAAACAGGCUUAGGAAAGUUUUAUGAAGUCGGUACUGUCGAUGAAGAGUCGCCACUAAUACUAAAAGAUGUGCUCAGCUAUGACGAAAUGAAGCUUUCCGCCUUUCUAUCCAUUUCAUCCUAUACCGAAUUCCUAAACGAUGGCAAUCGUAAAAAUGCUGGCAUUUUUGAGACGGAUAAAUCGAAAAUUGAACGCGAAGGCCUCAUUAUUGGCAUAAUCGGUGCACGCUUCCAAGCACGCGAGGCAAUGGACUGGCAAGAUAUUAUUAUCAGCCGCGAACAGAAUAAGAAAGAACGCGGUUAUGGUUAUGCGAUGCAGGCUGCCAAAAACACAACAAAUCCCGUUGUGGGUUAUCGCCGCAUCUGGACCAGCUUCUAUGAGCAACAAGAUGUUUUAUAUGAAAAUGUGAAUACACAGAACACACCACGUUUCUACCACAUUCCACAUACUAAAUUCAUUUUCGAUAACGCAAUGAUGAAGAAGCGGAAUGCCAUAUCUUUCGAUACACUUUUGUUGGAGGCAAAUGCUCGUGGCAAUAUCGCUAGCAAACAAGUGUACCUGCACGUGGUGGGCAUUGGUCUAGGAGCUUGGCGCGCUGUUGAGCAUCAGGGUAAAAUAUUUUUGGAAACCUUUGGUGAACGCUUACAAGAACUGCUGCCAUGCUUGCCUCAUAUUUCUGUUGUGCACUUUUCAUAUUUUGGCAUGUCCUCUUGGGCCAAUCUUGAAGAUGGUGGUGUCAUUGCAUCGGCAACACAUCCUGAUGGCGGCAUUAAAACAUUUCUGAGUAAUCGAAAUCCUGCGCAGAAAUUGGCACCGAAAUUCGAAAAUAUGCUUGUUGUGGAAUCGUAUGCUUGGGAUGGCAAUGCUUUGCCAGGCAAUGAAUUUUGGCAUGGCUCCCUCACAUCUUCCAGUGAUCCUGCAGCCGCCUGCAGUACGCUCAUCACUGAGCUACACAACCCACAUAUAAAUACAAAAAUGGUUAAUGGCGCAAAUUUGCAUGUGGCAUCAGAUCGCUAUGGCGUUUUGCAUAUUUCGGAGUAUGCAAAGAAAGUUUUUAUGGAGGAACUUGAAUAAGCGAGUCACAUUGUGAGCAGCAUUAUUACUGACAAUAAAAACUUACAAUUAUUCUUCGCAUAACUUAAUGUUAUUGAGUGCUUAUAUUUAUAAAAUAUUGUAUACAUAUAUUUGUUUGCACGUCUUACCAAAAGUAUUAAUUACGUAAAAAAUAUUGUAAAUAAACAUAGUAUGCAUAUGAAUGUA